AUGAGAGUGCCGACGAUGGUGCACGUGCCGUAUCAGGGUGGCGGGCAGGCCAUGCAAGCCUUGCUCAAGGGUGAGGUCGAUCUUUUCUUGGCACCCAUGCCGCUUGCCAUGGCACACCGGGCUGGGAGUGUCAGCGCAGUCGGCUACGCAGCCGCUGAACGCAGCGAGUUGUGGAACGACCUGCCAACACUGAAGGAACAAGGCGGGCCUUCUGUAGACCUGGGAAACUGGUUCGCUGUGUCCGCUCCGCCGCACACACCGUCGGCCAUCGUGGAGGCCACAAGUGAUUUCAUCAAGACUGCCCUCUUGGACACCAAAGUACUUGACUCAUUGAAAGCGCAGUCCAUGGUUCCUUUUCAAUCCGGUAGUACUCAGCUUUCGCGCUUCAUCGCUGAAGAGAAGAAACGUUGGGGCGAUGUCAUCUCCGGCGCAAAACUCCACUUGGAGUGA